CACUUUAUCAGCGGCAGUAUACUGGUUUCUUUAAUGGGCCCACGUGACCAGUGCGGAACUAAACCCAAGUGUCGAGGACGAUGACGAAGGACACAGGUGAUGAGCAACGAUGUCCAGCCAGGAGCUCGUCCUAAACACACCACCUCCCCACCACUCAUCUCUCUGCUCUGCUCACCACGUCCAACUCCGACAUCAUGGACGUCGAGUCGAGCAAGGCCCCCGUCAAAGUCUCGUUGGCGUCUCUGGAAGGCAUCGACCCAGAUACCUUCAACUGGAACGCCUACGUUGGUACAUACAAAGGUCGCGCACUCAUCACUCGCCUCACCCACAUCCCCGACCUCAUCCUCUCCCAGCCAGAUCCUUCGCCAAACGCCUUAAAACUCGCACGCGUCGCUGCGCUGCGCGCCAUCCCUCUAAUCAAGGAACAGACGUGGGACCAUGCCCUAUACCUCGGAGUCGUCUCCCAGAUCGCUAGAACCCUCAAUCUAAGUAAGCCCACCACUUCAGAUGAGGCAAUGGAUAUCGACACUAGCUAUGGCAAGAAGGAUGCCGAGGCCGAGGGAACGCCCGACAUGAACUGGGUACAGGAGGUGCGCGACAAGGAGGAGGCCGAGAACAAUCGGCUCAGCGUUGAGCUGAACGGUUACGCUGCCAACCUGAUUAAGGAGAGCAUUCGCCUCACACAUUUGGCUCAGGCCGAGCUGGCGCUCAAGGCCGGCUCGCUGACCGAGGCGCUCAAGGCGUUCAACCAGGCUCGCGAGAACUGCAGUGGCGCGGCACACUACGUCGAGCUGGGUCUAGCAAUUCUACAGGGUUCGCUACAGUUCAACGAAACAGGCGUGGUCCCCGGAAAUACGCACAAGACGGCUGCAUCCCUCGAUCGGCUUCACCCCGUCAAAGAAGCGGGCGAUGCGCCCGUCAGUUCGACAAUGACUCGCUUGCAGGUCCUGCAGAGCCGCAACAAGGCCGCGCGCGCAGCCGAGGCCCGUCGUACCGUUGGCAUCAAGCUUCGUGUUGCGCGUGGAAUCCUUGCCAUCAACAUGCGAGAGUACAGCCACGCAGCACGAGAGUUGGGCGAGGUCGGCGAGGAAGGCGGCUUGGGAGAUUGGGAGGGUGUCGUCAUCUCUACUGCCGACCUCGCAUUCCUCACGGCCAUUCUCGCGCUUGCCUCUGGCACCCGUGACUACGUCAAGCGCGUUCUUCUUGAUCGUCCCUCCUUCCACGCCGCCAUUGACGACUCGCAGGCGUGGAUUCUCGACCUCGUCCGCGCCUUUGUCGGCGCUCACUACGGGGAGGCGCUCGCGAUCCUGCGCAAGGCCGAGCCAUAUAUGAUCCUCAAUCCCUUCCUCGCUGCCCACACGGCUGACUUGCUUAAGAAGAUCCGCCAGCGUGCGCUAGUACAGUACAUCGCGCCCUUCUCGUCGGUCCGCAUCGCACAGAUGGCCGCAGCAUUCGAGACGGCAGAGGAUGCCAUGGUGCACGAGGUGUGCCAGCUGGCUGAGGAUGGAAGCGUGCAGGCGCGCGUCGACCUUGUCGACCGGGUUCUGACAAUCAAGGAGAAGGAUAUGCGCGCCGAGGCGUUCCGCUCGGCUCUGGAAGGCGGGCGCAAGAUCACGGCUGAUACGCAGGCCAAUGUGUUCCGCAUGCGACUGUAAGUUGAGGCGGGGGUGACCGUGGACAUGGGCGAUGACGAGGGAAGCGGCGGCCGGGGCGCCAAGUCGCUUGGGCUGUCGUCCAAGUCGCGUGUACAGAAGGACUGGGGGCUGCGUAUGAAGAGCUCGUGGAACAUGUACAGCAGUUGAUAUCGCCAAGUCCGGUGAGGUCGGACCACGGUCGUAACGGCGGGAGAGUGGGGAGACGACGGUGGGCAUAGCGGCGGUUGUAACUUUACGUCUAUGGAAUGUGAGCUAGGUACGACGGAG